AUGUGCAGUUUUGUUGUAGAGAUGAAAAACAAAAAAAUUCUGCUAGUGGGGGGAGCAGUUCUUGCGUCGGAAGUUCUUUGGUAUAUCUACAAAAGAGUUUAUAACGUGUGGAGUAAUUACCUAAAUACGCGCAAAGUGCUGGAAGUACAGAUACCUAAGUCGAAACAUGACAUUUCAGAGGUCAUGUUUUUUACGAACGAAUCUAUUCUUUGUCGAACACACUUCACUACCGAGAUGACCUGUCCUAAAAACAAUUGUCCGGUUCGAUAUUUGAGACAUAUAGAAAGCUAUAUGAAUAAUGCAAAACAAAGUUUGGACGUCUGUAUGUACAUGUUCACUUGCCAUUCGUUGUCAAAUGCAAUUGUGAACGCUCAUAAACGAGGUGUACUUGUUCGAAUAAUAAUGGAUCGGCAAAUGGGCUCUAACGAUGCCGCACAAACGGCGUUAUUCUAUAAUAAUGGAAUCGCGAUUAGAUUAAUAUGUCAGGAUGGUCUGAUGCAUCAUAAGUUCAUGAUCGUGGACAACGAUUUAGUAAUCACUGGUAGCACAAACUGGACCAUGUCUGCAUUUUUUGGGAACUUUGACCACAUUGUAGUGACUAACCAGCAUUCGUUGGUAAAGCCAUUCGUCGUUGAAUUCGACAGGUUGUGGAAGACAUUUUCAAAGAGUCAAGAAAAUUAGGAAAACUUGAUUCAUCCCUCGUCCGAUGAUACUUUAUAAUCUACCUCUGAUCAUCGAAUUAAGACCACACGUAGAAAUUUCACUUGUUCAGCUGUAAGAAGUUAUAGAUAGCCGUAGAUGAUUAUAUAUUAAUUAAUUAAUUUAAUUUAUUACCAUACCGUGUCGAAGAAUAUCCGCGUGUAUUCACGGCCGGAUAAUUCUCCCGAUUUGAAUACCAUUGAAAAUGUUUGGAGCCUGAUCAAAUCAGUUAUAUGCUCAUCUUUAAAAACAGCUGAUUUGAAAACGAAAAUUUAGUAUGUUUAUGUAAAAGUAGCGAGGAUAUAAAGGCAGCGCAUGACGAGAAAAUAGAAAGAAAAUAAAUCACGCUACUCGCGUCUCUAGGUAGAAAGGUGAGAAGUAUUGAAAAUUUGGUAAUGGUCCUAAUAGAAUGAUUAGCGUGGUAUUUAUAUAUGAUAGACCUACAUCGAAUCGUAUGGAACGACGAUGAGAAAUAUAAUUGAAUCGAACAUAGAUUCAAAUAUACUGCUCUCUAAUCGCGUUUUUGCUAUCUCGUGUUAAUUUUGGACGUACGUAGGUAAACAUGUUCCUACACGAGAUAAAUACAUUCGCACGUUGUAAGAGAAGCAUGUAACUUGGGAAAGCAAACGAUUCAGAAUAAACGUGCGACGCGCGGAAAUAGCAACGCGUAGGCCCAAAAUAUCCAUUGUAUCCAGAUACGAUAAAAGCCGAAUGCACGUUGGCGCAGUUUGACGUUUGCUAAUCUGCUUUUUCCUGGACUGCGUCUACGUCAAUAGUUAAGAACGGAUCGUUAUUCAGGGAAAUGUACGGUUCUCUAACUCGAACGUUGCUUGUUCUGCUUGCGCGAACAAUUUCCGAAAUAUCACAGCCAACGAUUCUGCGAAACGUUCGCUUCUGUCUCGAAUCGCGUAAUAAAUUUUCCGAUUCCACUUUAGUUUCUACCGUGGAUAAGUUUGAAGAAAUCCACGUACGUUACACGCACAUCUUUCUCUCGAAACCUCUCGGAUUGUAUCUCGCAAAAGAAUGUUUUUUGUUUACUCGUCGCGCGUUUUUUGUUUUUGCGCGUUUACUCGUCGAAACGAUUACGAUAUACUACGUUAUACAUAUAGAAAAUAAGUACGAUACUUGACAAAUGGAAAAAAUAGGUAUCACGUAGGUCAAGGGUGUGUCAAAUCGGACAAGUGGCACGUUCGGCCGCGACAGUCACGGAUACGGGAAAAGGAAAAGGUCAAAAGUCAAGUAUUCCUCGAUGGUCCUCUUAGUUGCUCUCUUUUCUACUUGAGACGCGGGAAUUGAAGGGCAACGAGAAAGAAAAAUGUUUCGCGUGCGGGUAGCAGCUGCGUUCGUUAGAACUUUGCGGAAUAUGCGACAAUCUUUUUUUCUCCGCCCAAGGAAACAGACUGCAUUCGGUAAUCUUCGUUUGUUACGUUCUUUGAAUAACUUUUUCUUCUCUCUUUUUGUUUCGCUACAGGUCUGAUAAAAUUGCGAGAAAUGCUGUUUCCUGAAUGUAGUUGGGAAAGAGACUAGAGCGACUCGAGGGAACACUAUCUUACGUAGAUUAUUUCACAGAUAAUUGCAAUUAUUUAUGUUUAAUGUAUUUAUUUCGAUAUCGUUUAUAUAGAAAACAUUGCUUCGCGUUAACGGAGGUCUAACGCGUUGUUGCUGCAUACUUCUUCCCUUCUAUCUGUUUUGUUUAUCGUUCGUAACGUUUCUACAAGUUUGCUAAUUACAUACAAAUUUCGCGUCACGCGGGGGAAGAACCGUGUUACGUAUGUGUAGCUUGCUGUUUUGUGGUAAUGUAGCUCUACCAAAUUGUGUACCAUCGAUCAUUUCUAUAUAAUCGCUCCUUCUACCGAUAAAUUGCUAGAAGAAUAUAUGCGUGCUAUGUGUAUACAUACGCUAUAUCGCUUAACGACACUAAAUACCGCUUAAUCUCUGUUCCGAGUUCUUCCAAAUUCGCUCCAUCUUCGUCUCGAGCGUUUCGAACGUUCUUCGCCUGUUUCUUUCUCGCAUCUUCAUACGUUUACACGAUGGAACGAAUUGUUCGAUUUCACGCAAGGCCUCGUACAGUGACCCCUAUCGGUUACCGUUCGUUAAACUAUAGUAUAAUUAUCAUAAUGUAAUAAAUUACUAGGAAAUCCGCAGUCAUUAUUGUCUCUAUAGUCGACACC